AGUCAUAACCAAAGACCAAGAAGAAUCAAAAAUCAUAUUUCCAACAAAGAAUGAAAAAAACAUAAGCAAUGACAUCUGGUAGGUGGAUUUUUAUUUCCGAAAUUUCUAACUUGACAGCUAGUAGGCUUAUAUUGAGCUUCACAAAACGAGACGGUAUAUAAACAAAGAAAGUGUGAAGAGAAAAAAAGAAAAAAAAGACUAGUAGGCAGUAAGAAGAAAGCUUGAAUCACAGUUUAAGAUAACUCUACUUAAACUUGAUUAACAGACAAUCAUACUUCAAAGGGUUCUCAAAUCAAAACUUAAUUCCAAGAUUUCUGCUUUCUUCAAAGCAGAGAAGAACAAAAAGUAUAUCAACAAGAUUUUGAGUCUCUUUGUUUGUUCUUCUGGGUCUUAAAUUUGCAGGGUGUUUGCAUAAAUGUCUAGGAGGUUGCUGUUUCUCAGUUUCUGAGAGUUUCAGGUCAGCUUUGCUUUUCUACUGAGUGGCUCUAGAUUCUUGCUGGAUUCUUUCUCUAUAGAUUCUUUUUUUGAAUUUUUACAUAAAAAAAAUGGAUUCAAUUCCAACAUGGAAUAAGCUGGCAUCAUUCACGCCGUACUUGCUCUGUUUCAUAACUUUCUUCAUAUUCAUAGAACAAAUCAAAUACUUGAAAAAGAAAAAAUCAUUACCAGGUCCAGUUCUAAUCUUACCAUUCUUAGGCAACGUUAUUCAGCUUAUUAAAAACCCAACGAAAUUCUGGGACGAUCAAGCGAAAACAGCAAAAGAAUCAGGGUUUUCUGCAAACUACAUAAUUGGUAAAUUCAUCGUUUUCGUUCAAAACACUGAGCUGUCUCAUAAAGUCUUUGCUAACGUUCGUCCUGAUGCGUUUCAUUUAAUCGGACAUCCUUUCGGCAAGAAAUUGUUCGGUGAGCAUAAUCUUAUUUACAUGUCUGGUCAAGCACAUAAAGAUCUUCGCCGGAGAAUCGCUCCGAAUUUCACACCUAAAGCUUUAUCAACAUACAUAUCGUUGCAACAGAGUAUUAUUCUCGAGCACCUGAAGAAAUGGGAGAGUUUGUCAGUGCAAAAUGGGAGCAAACCACUGCCUUUGCGGUAUCUAUGCCGGGACAUGAAUCUGGAUACGUCGCAGAAGGUGUUCGUUGGUCCGUAUUUGAGUGAGAAGUCUCGUCAGGAAUUCAACAAAGAUUAUAAUCUGUUUAAUGUGGGAUUAAUGAAGUUGCCAAUUGACUUGCCGGGGUUUGCAUUCCACAAAGCUCGGUUCGCGGUUUCUCGGUUAGUCAAGACGCUUGGUGAUUGUGUGAAGCUGAGCAAAAUGAGAUUGGUGUCAGGGCAAGAGCCGGUUUGCUUGAUUGAUUUUUGGAUGCAAGAGCUUCUGAAAGAAAUGCAAGAAAGUGGGUCUGAUGCUGCAAAUGAAGUGCCACCACAUUCCAGCAAUAUCGAAAUCGGCGGGCAUCUGUUUGAUUUCCUUUUUGCAGCUCAAGAUGCAUCGACUUCAUCGUUACUAUGGGCAGUGGCAUUAUUAGAACAGAACCCGGAAAUUUUAUCGAAAGUUCGCCAAGAAGUGAGCGAGAUAUGGUCACCGGAGUCCGACACGCUUUUAACAGCCGAGAAUCUACGGGCAAUGAAAUACACGGAAGCUGUUGCUAGAGAGGUAAUGCGAUAUAGAGCUCCGGCGACGUUAGUUCCACAUAUUGCCGGUGAAGACUUUCAGCUGACAGAAUCGUACACAAUUCCUAAAGGAACAAUUGUAUUUCCUUCUGUUUUUGAAUCGUCAUUUCAAGGUUUUACUGAACCGGAACGAUUUGACCCGGACAGGUUUGAUGAAACUCGCCAAGAAGAUCGGCUGUUUAAGAGGAAUUUUCUAGUGUUCGGUGCUGGACCUCAUCAGUGUGUUGGACAAAGAUACGCCGUUAAUCACUUGGUGUUGUUCAUUGCGAUGUUCACAUCGUUACUUGAUUUUGAACGAUUCAAAACGGACGGUUGUGAUGAUAUCGCUUAUGUACCUACGAUCUGUCCUAAAGAUGAUUGUUCGGUGUAUUUGUCUCGACGGUGUGCCCGCUAUCCAUCAUUCGCAUGAAAAGUGGUGAGGCCAACACAAUUGGUGGAUCAAGAAUUUGGUUAAAGGCGAAAGUACCCUUUAGGGUUUUUGGCUGUGCGUUUGGUGGCUUUUGUUUGGAAGGGUGUAAUGGGAAUUUGGCUGUGCGUUUGUGAAUAUUUGAAGAUUGGAUGGUGGGGGUUGAUUCUUUGUUUACCUUCUAGGGUUUUUAGUAGUUUUAGUUCAAGAUGAUCAUGUUAUGAUGAUAGCAAUGUCUGGUUGGAAUUCUUUGUUAGGCUCAAAGAAAAAUGCGUGAAUGAAUAAUCUUUUAUAUUUGUUUUUGUUUGUAACGUGGGAUUGAAAGCAAAUUAUUUUGUUGAUGACGGGUCGACGUCAAAAUCAUAUAA